AUGCCUGACCAGAUCACCAGCCACGGCCAGAACAGCCGUGGAUACCACUACUCGAACAGUAACGGCUCGUACUACUACCAGAACACCAACGGUAGCAGCUACUACAACAGCGGCAGCGGUUACAGCCAGUACACCUCGCCUUCGGGCAACGCCUCGCAGUCUUACGGCUCGAGCAAGAAGUAA